AUGAGAAGAAACUAUGAUCUAAAACACCUGGAGGUGGCUCGACAGGAUCGUCAGCGUAAGCUGUUGAUCGAUACUAAUCAAGAUAUAGAGAUGGGAGAUGAACUGUUCUUUCCGAUCUUGUGGUUCUCUGAGGUGGUGGAAUCAAGCACACCAGUCGAUGGGUCGCUUUUGGUGUGCUUGAGUCGACUUGAUUUUGCAGAAAGUGUUGUAGAAGGUGAUGUUGGCGCUGUGGUCGUUGGUAUAGGUGACGGUAUGGGUGGUUUGGGUGCUACCGGACCUGACAGACGCAGAAAGUGUUACAGCAUGCAAAGCAGUAGCAAAUUAAACGAAUUAUUAAAUAAAUAA